AUGCGGAAAGUGUUUAAGGGAGUGUGUCUCUUCCGAGGGGAGAAGAACAGGGGCCCUCACCACCUCCUACACCACGUGGCACCUUCUGCUGCUUGCCUGAGGUCAUACAUCAGCAAACACAGCCCAAGCUCCCCACAGAACCUGUGCAGGGGGGAUGGGAAGCGCCGUUUCCUCCAGGAUGACCCUGGGAACUCUGACCCUCACUCUCUUUGCUAUGAUGUGACCAUCAUCCCUAAGUUCAGACCUGGACCAUGGUGGUGUGUGGUUCAAGGCCAGGUGGAUAGAAACACUUUUUUUCACUAUAACAACACAGUCACACCCUCCAGUCCCCUGGGGGAGAAAAUAAAUGUCACGAAAGGUUGAAAAGAGCAGAACCCAGUCCUGAGAGAGCUGAUGGACAUGCUCACAGAGCAACUGCUUGGCAUUCAGCUGGAGAAUUACACACCCAGGGAACCCCUCACCCUGCAGGCCGGGAUGUCUUGUGAGCAGAAAGCCGAAGGGCACAGCAGUGGAUCUUGGCAGUUCAGCUUCGAUGGACAGAUCUUCCUGCUCUUUGACUCGGAGAACAGAAUGUGGACAACGGUUCAUCCUGGAGCCAGAAAGAUGAAAGAAAAGUGGGAGAAUGACAAGGAUAUGACCAUGUUCUUCCAUUACUUCUCACUGGGUGACUGUACAAGAUGGCUUGAGGACUUCCUGAUGAGCAUGGACAGAACCCUGGCGCCAAGUGCAGGAGCACUGCCCACCAUGUCCUCAGGCACAGCCCAACUCAGGGCCAUGGCCACCACCCUCAUGCUUUGCUGCCUUUUCCUCAUUCUCCCCUGCUUCAUCCUACCUGGCAUUUGUGGAGAGUCCUUUAAAGUGACAGCUUCAAGACCCUGGGGACUGAUGGUCACCAGAUGCAGGUCCUCCCCCCAUGAAGACUGUGUGGAGUGGGAGGGAGGAUAUGAAAGGCGUUCGCGGAUUCCAACUGCAAAAGUCUUUCGUGGAAACUUCGUCUGUAGACGGGUUUUCAUUUCCGCCCCUCCGGGUUGUGCGCGCUCCUUCCCGCAGCGCCGGCUGCGCCCAAAUCGGUCCGGGUCGCGCCUGCCCGAGGCCCCGCAGGGGGCGCCCGGCUGCCGCGGAAGUUCCAACGGGAGGGACCGGGCCUCAGUCAGGUCGCUGCGGACGGAACCGCCUUUGGACGACGUGGGAGGCCUCGCCCAUCGCGGCAGGGGACGGUUUUUCCUCCUGGCUUGA